AAACACAAGCCACGGUAAAUGUUGAUCGUGUACAGUACAUACAGAGGUUUAAAUCAUCAGAAAAUUCGUAAUUUUGGAUAUUAUUUGAUAAUUUUAACAUAGAUUGAUGAGGAAUUGAAUCCCCUUUCCAUACAUGUAAGUUAUAUUUUAAUUUAUGGCCAAUUUGUGAAACCCCCUGUGUCGAAAAUUCAUAAAAACACCAGAGAGGCUGGCUAGUUCUGGGUUGAAUCUUUGAGAUCUGCUACAAUAUGUAAAAUAAGUAUGUGUUUCAUGUGAGCCGUGCCAUGAGAAAACCAACAAAGUGGCUGCAAAGCCACCGUGGAUCUGCGCAGUCUGGUCAGGAUCCAUGCUGUUUGCUUUCAAAACCUAUUGCAGUUAGAGAAACCGAUAGCGAACAGCAUGGAUUCUGACCAGACUGUCAGGAUGCGCAGACUGGUCUGGGUCCAUGCUGGUAGCAAAGCGACUAUGUUUGUUUUCUCAUAGCGCGGCUCAUGUAAUUCUGAUGCUUUGAUGUCAUAAAAAUCUGAUGUUUAAACGUUACUUUAGAAGUUAGUGUAACGGUAAAGAACUUGAAUAUUAAAACGGGGAGAAAGUGUGCAGGCGGCCGGGUAGCUCAGUCGGUAGAGCAUCGGAACGGUAUUCCGAGGCCCCGGGUUCGAGUCCCGGUCUGGCUACACAUUUUACUCACCCUGUGACAUUAGGCUGAUCUGAAUCUAAAUUGCUUAUAAUGGCUGAUUGUUUUUCUUUUCUUUUUUACGGGUAAAAUAAACUUGCUCUUUUGUUUUCAGCUAUGAUUGACAGUUUAGGUGGAGCAGAGAAAGUGAACAAUCUCCUAGCAGUCCUGAAUUUGAAGGCGAUUCAUCCGAAGAACUUGAAACUAAUGGAAACCCGUGCUGGUGAGGCUAUUCAGGAGGUGUCCAGAGAAUCCUGCAAAAAUGCUGCAAAAGAAGCUUUUGAAAAAGAAAUGAGUGAUAUUGCCCGGCAAGAGACUGAGCAAGCACAUGAGCAAAUGGUAGGAGAGAUUGAUGACCUAGGAGUGUGUCCUCUCCCUGGAGAAUCUCCAUCACUUCAGGAUUGGUCAUAUGGAGGCAAUUGAUAUAGAACGCAUACCUGACGCUAUUGCCCGUGGCA